GUGUGACGAGUCUAGAUAUACCGGCGUCCACGCCGGCGGCCAUUUUGUCAUUACCUUAUUUUUUCUUCUAAUUCUAGUAAACGAUAGUUCGUUUCGUAUUUUCGAGUGAAAUAUUAUUGAAAUUACAGUGAUUUUCUACAGAGUUUUGUGCAUAACGUGUAGUGAAGUUAAAAGUCUAUAACGAGGAUAAUUUGGAUGACGAGUUGCAAGAACGUGAGGAAAUAGAGGACAGUUUUCAUAGCAACAUAGCAUUCGCUAAGGUCAAGUUAGGCACAAUUUCCCUUGCCGAAACGAGUGGACAGGCAGAGCGUGAGAGUGCAACAUACACUCCCAAUGAUUCACAAUGCGCUCAUAGCUGCGGAGGUCAGCAAGACCUUGGUUUCCGUCUUCCAGUCAUUCAAAUCUCAAACUUUGAUGGUACGUAUUUCAAAUGGCUUGAAUUUCGUGACACAUUCGAGUCGUUAAUUCAUAACAAUACGCGGAUUAAGCCGAUCAACAAGUUUCAUUAUUUAUGCUCGUAUCUGCAAGGGGAAGCUGCGCGUGUCAUUUCAAAUCUAGAAGUUUCUGAUAAGAAUUAUAGUGAAGCAUGGGACUUACUUUGCGAGCGAUAUAACAACAAACGCCAAUUGACAACUAAUCACUUAAAUUCCUUGUUUAAAAUUGAUCCUAUCUCACGCGAAUCUGACAAGUCACUCAGGUUUCUAGUGGACCACGUAACUAAAAAUUUACGUGCUUUAAAUAACCUUGGGCAGCCCACAGAUCAGUGGGACACAUUAAUCAUCCAUAUUAUGUCCUCUAAACUAGAUAAUAUUACAAGUUUGAAAUGGGAGGAGCAUAGGUCAAGUUCUAGUAAGGAAAUGCCGUCUCUUGAUGAUUUCUUCAAGUUCCUCAAGGGUCGAGCAGACGUUCUAGAGUCAGUACAAAGAUCUAAACAAGAUAAACAAGUCUCGAGUGGCAACAAUAAUACACAUAACAAGUAUCAAAGGGCUAACAAAUCUGUGAAUGUCAUUUCAGCUAAUCCAGUAAAUUUCGAACAAGUCAAUCGAGGUCUGCAUUGUUUCGUCUGCAAGGGCAAGCAUAGAAUAUACGACUGUCCAGCGUUCCUGUCCAUGAGCAUCGAGGAGCGGAUACAAAAGGCUAGUUCACUGAAGCUCUGUCUGAACUGUCUGCGGAGCGGCCAUAUUGCAGGCGCUUGCAGGUUAAGUAGCUGUCGUAUUUGCAAUGCACGUCACAACACAAUGCUUCAUAAGCCACACACACAGACCAUCACAGCCACUCCUAGUAUUGACAAUGUCAUCCCUACAAGUACCACAAGUACAAGUACUCCCAAUUCAGUCACAAGUGAUGCAAGUACAAGUUCUAUUUCUAUGUCUGUCACUUCCACUAGCCAGGUUGUUCUUUCUACAGCACUAGUGGACAUUGUCAAUCCAGAUAAUAAUCAAGUGGAAACAGUAAAGGUACUGUUAGACUGCGGAAGCAUGUCUUCAUUUAUUACAAGUGAUUUGAAGCAACGGCUUCAACUAGAUACACAAGUGCUAGAUGCCACUACUAUAGUAGGUAUUGGUAAUUCUUCUCUUAAUUUUGCUCCGGAGAGGGGCACUGUUACUGUCAAGUCUAGAUGCAAUCCAUUUAGUGUCACAUUGUCAUGUCUCGUAUUGCCUGAGAUCACAGCCACAUUACCUAGGCGCCCUAUAAACAUGAAACAAUUUAGCUUCCCUAGUAACAUCAGCUUAGCUGAUCCCAGUUUCAAUGUCCCAAGCAAGGUGGACAUGCUUAUAGGCGCGGAUCUAUUUUGGGAUCUUAUAGGCCCACGACAGCAGUCGUUGGGUGCUAAUUUACCCACUCUGCGAGAGUCCAAGUUAGGCUGGUUCUUAGCAGGUCAUAUACGUGACAAACAAACAAGUAAUUUACAAGUGGACAAUUCUAACACAAGUAUUCAAUGUAAUUUUUCAGCACUGGAGAGUCUGCACACCAAACUGAGCAGGUUCUGGGAGCUAGAGGAGCUUCCGACGUCGCAGAAGGCUUCGGAGGCGGGAGUCGAUGCAGGGAACCCAUGCGAGACACAUUUCAUGACACACACCACCCGUUUAGAAGAUGGUAGGUUCUCUGUCCGAUUACCACUAGUAACCACUCCCGACUGUCUCGGAGACUCUUACAGUGUCGCUAAGAAGCGAUUUCUCAAUCUAGAAAAGCGUUUUGAACGCCAUGCCCAGUUAAAGUCUAUGUAUUCCGACUUUAUGAAGGAAUAUGAAGACUUAGGACACAUGUCCGAAUCCAGUCUAUUCAAGCCACCAGUUUCUUAUUUUAUUCCUCAUCACGCGGUGAUGCGAGAGAAAUCCGAGUCCACCAAGCUGCGAGUUGUCUAUGACGCCUCAUGUCGUACGUCGUCAGGCUUUUCCAUCAAUGACCUUCAAAUGAUCGGUCCUAAUAUUCAAGAUUCCCUUUUUAAUAUUCUAGUUCGAUUCAGGGAAUACAAUUACGUCAUGACGGGCGACAUUGAAAAAAUGUAUAGACAGGUACAAGUAGAUGAUUGUGAUCGCGACUUACAGUUGAUACUGUGGAGAAGCGACCCUUCUAGUCCAUUGAAAACAUAUAGGUUAAAUACAGUAACCUAUGGCUUCGCUAGUGCAAGUUACUUAAGUACAAGGUGCAUAUGGCAGUUGGGCGAAGAGAGUUAUGAUCCAUUAAUUAAAACUAUUUUACAAAAUGAUUUCUAUGUUGAUGAUUUGAUUACAGGGGCUCAAACUGAACAAGAACUGCUCUACAUACAAGAUUCUGUGGUCCGAGCCCUGUCAUCGGGUUGUUUUAACUUACGCAAGUUCAGAUCGAAUUCUAGGGGUGUGUUGCAAAAUACGCUAGCUAGUUCUCAUGACAAUUUAACUCUCAGCCAGACAUAUGACACCUUGGGACUUAACUGGAACCCUGAUACAGACACUCUACAAUUUCCAAUGUCUGUACAAGGUCGAGAAUCCAAUGUUACAACAAAACGCUCUAUAUUGUCUCAAACAUUUCAAAUUUUUGAUCCUCUAGGUCUACUUAGUCUAUGUACUAUAAAACCAAAGAUCUUAAUGCAAAGACUUUGGGCUAGCAAGAUUGAAUGGGAUUCAGUUGUUCCUUCCGACAUACAAAGGUCAUGGAAACGAUUCAUUGAUAACCUAUCAUUUAUUUCACACAUUACUAUUCCAAGAAAUGUAAUUAGAGACUUACCUGUUUCAGUCGAGCUUCACGCCUUCAGUGACGCUUCCCAGGCUGCCUACGGUGCUUGCAUCUACGUCAAGUCUAUCGAUCAAGCAGGAAACACGAGCAUUCUUCUCUACUGUGCUAAGGCACGCGUAGCACCGUCUAAGGCGGCUCUCACCAUCCCGCGCCUGGAGCUGUGCGGCGCGCUACUCGCGGCCCGCCUGCUGUGCGCUGUAAAGAGCGCCCUCCGCCGGCAGAUAAGCAAGUCUUACCUGUGGACGGACUCCAGCGUCGUGCUAGGGUGGAUCGCCACCGAACCCUCGAGACUUAAAGUCUGGGUUUCCAAUAGGGUUAGGCAGGUUCAAGAAAUGACAAGUACUUCAUCGUGGCGGUACGUCCCUACCGCUCACAACCCAGCCGAUCUAGCAUCCCGCGGCGUAGACCCACAUCAAGUUCAAGACUCCACCUUAUGGUGGCAAGGUCCAUCAUUUUUGUCUAGGCCUGAAUCCGAGUGGCCUACUCUCUAUUCUCACAAGUGUGACAACCUUCCAGAGUUAAAGGUACACACUACUCUAGUUACGGACUCUAUCAAGGCUAGUAUCGAUAUAUCUAGGUAUUCAAAAUUGCAAUUCUUACAACGAGUCAUUGCUUACAUUUAUCGAUUCAUACAUAAUUGCAAGAACCCCCAUGAUAAGCACACUGGCUCGCUAACUGUCGAUGAGUUAGAGGGUGCAUUCACAUGUCUAGUUAGAAUGUCACAACAAGACUCUUUCCCUCACGAAUUACAGACUUUACAAAGACAAGACAAUCUCAAGCUCAAGUCUAGUAUCGUAUCAUUAAACCCAUUUCUAGAUUCCCAGGGCUUGCUCAGAGUUGGUGGAAGACUGUGCAAUUCACAGUACGAGUACGAGAAGAAGCACCCAGUUUUAUUGCACGCGAAACACCACCUCACUAAGCUCUUAUUUACACAAGAACACCACAGGCUGCUGCACGCGGGACCACAAUUGUUGCUCGCGUCCAUACGAGAACGCAUCUGGCCGCUAGGUGGUAGAGAGUUGGCUCGUCGUACAGCGAGAAGCUGUAUCAAGUGUCGGCGUAUCAGCGCUCAACCUCUACACAACAUUAUGGGUAACUUACCGGCGCAGCGAAUCACACCUGACUACCCUUUUAGUACAGUCGCCGUUGAUUUCGCGGGUCCUUUUAUGAUUACAGACAGGAAGGGUCGAGGCUGUAAGAUAACAAAGGCAUAUCUAUGCCUAUUUAUAUGUUUCAGGUCCAAGUGUGUCCAUCUCGAGGCGGUGAGUGAAUUGUCGAGAGACGCAUUCAUGUUAACACUGCGUAGGUUUAUCGCUCGCAGGGGUAAGCCGAAUGACAUUUUUUGUGAUAAUGGGAGGAAUUUUGUUGCUACUGCUAGGGAGCUAGGUACGUUUUUAUCUAACAAUUCUGACCUCAUUGCGCAUGACGCCAGCACUCAUAACAUAAAUUUUCACUUCUCCCCUGCUUACGCACCUAAUUUUAAUGGACUUGCAGAGGCCGGAAUAAAAUCUGCUAAAUUCCAUUUAAAACGCAUACUAGGCAAUUCUCAUCUAACGUUUGAAGAGAUGUCUACUCUUUUUGCACAAGUCGAGUCAAUCCUUAAUAGCAGACCCCUGUGUCCCUUGUCAUCAUCCCCUAACGACUAUACCCCCCUUACUCCGGGACACUUUCUGAUAGGCAGACCACUAAUGUCACUGCUAUCGCCUUCUCUAGAAGACGAAAAUGCAUCCCGCCUGAACCGCUACCAGCGCAUCGAGCAAGCUAGAGAACAUUUUUGGCGCCGGUGGCAAUCCGAAUAUAUCUCCGAGCUGCAACAAAGGCUUAAAUGGCGUAUUCGUUGCAGAGAUCUGAGACCUGGUGACUUGGUGCUCAUCAAAGAAGACAACACGUCACCACUCCAGUGGCGCUUGGGUCGUGUACAACAACUCUUCCCGGGCGCAGACGGCAUUCCGCGCGUCGCUGACGUGGCUACCGCCAGGGGCAUCGUGCGACGAGCUCUAUCGAAGAUCUGCUUGUUGAAAGCGGACGCUUCCAACGGGGGCGACGAUGUUAGCGCCGUACGCUAGGCAACACUGCUUCCGCCCCUCCCCCCCCGACCAGCGGAUGUUCGCGCCCCGCGCUACAACGUUCUCUCCACCGCGCCACGCCCGACCGCAACGACGCUCUCGAAAUACUACGCGAUUUUAACCUAACAACGACCUUGUAAUUGAUAUAUAUUCAAGCAUUAAACGAUUUCUAUCUAAGUGAAUAAA